AGUAGGUGCUCAGUAAAUAAAAGCUAAAAGAAUGAGUUAGGGAGAGAGACACACUCCCAGCAGAGGUGGUGGGGGCCCCCCAAACCUGCACACCUCAGGAUUUGCUCUCUCCGUUACUUGGGGAAAUCGUGCCUCGAGCCAGCCCUAUCUCCUGCCCAAAUUAAACAGUAACCAGCCAAGGUCAGGGAAAGGGCCUUGUAGGAGCAGGUUUCCUUCCAAGAGGUGGCUCAGCCUGGACGGGUGGGCUCACCCGCUGCUGCCUAUAAAUGCGCCCUUCCCGCCUGGACCGGCCACUCGCUCCUGAGCACACAAACAUGCUGGGCUUCACCGUCCUCGCCGCGCUCCUGGCCUACGCCUCCAGCUGCGGGGUCCCCACCUUCCAGCCCAACCUAGCAACCCGGGUGGUGGGAGGAGACAAUGCCGUGCCCCACAGCUGGCCCUGGCAGAUCUCCCUCCAGUACCUGAAGGACAACACAUGGAGGCACACAUGCGGUGGCACCUUGAUCUCCAGCAACUUCGUCCUCACGGCUGCCCACUGCAUCAGCAAAUCCAAGACCUACCGUGUGGGCCUGGGGAAGAACAACCUGGCGGUGGACGACGAGCCAGGCUCCCUGUUCGUGGAUGUGGACACCAUCUUUGUCCACGAGAAGUGGAACUCCUUCCUGGUGCGCAAUGACAUCGCCCUCAUCAAGCUGGCGGAACCUGUGGAGCUGAGUGACACCAUCCAGGUGGCGUGCCUGCCAGCGGAGGGCGCCAUGCUGUCUCGGGACUAUCCCUGCUACGUCACCGGCUGGGGCCGCCUCUGGACCAAUGGCCCCAUCGCCGAGGAGCUGCAGCAGGGUCUGCAGCCCGUGGUGGAUCACGCCACCUGCACCCAGAGCGACUGGUGGGGCGCCAUGGUGAAGGACACCAUGGUGUGCGCCGGCGGUGACGGCGUCACCUCAGCCUGCAACGGGGACUCCGGCGGCCCACUGAACUGCCAGGCCGAGAACGGCGCCUGGGAGGUGCGGGGCAUCGUGAGCUUCGGCUCCGGCCUGGGCUGCAACACCCACAAGAAGCCCGCCGUCUACACCCGCGUGUCCGCCUACAUCGACUGGAUCAACCAGGUGCGUGCCUGCCUCCCGGCCUCCUUCCUGCAGGCGCCAGCCCCGCACUCGCCCUCACGCCCCCAUUCCUUACCAACUCAGUCAUUCAUUCACUCCUUCCUUGGCUGAUUCCAUCAUUCAUUCGCGUGCUUGUUCCCAUAUGCACCAUUCAUACACUCACUCACUCACUCAAUCAGGAAGUACUGAGUGCGUGCUGUGCACAGCCUCGAGUCAGGUGCAGUGGAGGACACGGUCAUUGCCAUUCUCCCUUUGCUUCAGCAAAUACUCAGGUCCUGAUCCCAGGCACCACCCCAGUCCCCCCAAAGAGAAACGUGGCCCCAGGAGAGCGGGGCUCAGCAGAUGGGGGGGGCAGCAUGGCCGGCCACAUAGACCUUGAGGACAGGGGAGCAGAGGGUCACUCGGACUGCAGCUUUCACGCGGGGGGGGGGGGGCGGAGGGGGGG